UUGGACAAGUUUUUUGGGGGAGAGGAGACUUUAGAAAACAGCCACACGCACUCAGCAGCUUCAUAUGACACGGUGCAGACCUGCGGAUUUCAGAACACCUAUGUCCUGUCCUCUUUUUUGCGUUAAGAAGUGAUCUUACACAUUUUUAAAAUUUCCUUUGUAUCCAAGGGCUUGCGGGAUUUGCGCGACUUUUGAACUUUAGAUGCUUGGAUGGUUUAAGGAGCGCUUCCAAGUGCGCAAAAACGUGCCUACUGCCAUUCAACCGACUGAUGCCCCCCUCUCUGUCUGACUCGCCGUGAAUCAUGUCACGCCGGAAGCAGAAGCGACCCCAGCAUCUCGUUAACGCGGAUCCAGGGGGCCCAAAGCUGCUAUCUCACGAUGACCACCUGGGCAUGAAGUCACCAUCCACAUCUCUUGGCUCAGAAGUGACCUCAUCAGGGUCAUCCUCCUCGUCCCCCACCUCUCUCCAAGACUGCCAGCCGCCUCUGGCCCCUCGCCCAUCCCCUGGUGGGCUCCACGCGCCCUCCUUACCCAGCGAGAGCUCACCUCCUCCCCACUGGCCCAGCCACAUUGCCCCCUUCACAACCUCACUCCCCAAUACCCACUCUUCCCUCUCCCCAGACUUUCCUCACCCCUCACUGUCAUCCCAGACUCACUCACCUCCUCCCCUGGGUCAAACCUCAGGUUCCCACGGCCUGUCCCACCAAGGAAACUCUCACUCCACCAUGACUUCCCCACCGAUGGGAAGCUCAGCCACCACCACUACCUCCUCCUCCUCCUCCUCGUCUUCUCAGUGUGUGCCGCCUCACCGUGACAGCUCCAGUCCAGGUCAUCAGCAGGCCUCCAGCUCUCCAGGGCAGCAGGGACAGAUCCAGGUGCCACCUACCCUAGCAGUACUUCUAGAGGAGCUGAGGGUUUUACAGCAGAGGCAAAUCCACCAGAUGCAGAUAACAGAGGAGAUCUGUAGGCACGUUCUAAGGCUUGGAGGGGCUGUCUUUGGCCAUGAUAAUAACACACAGGCCAGUGGUUCAGACAGCAACCAGAAGUCUACAGGAGCAGCAUCUUCAUCACCAACACACCCCUCCACUGCCACGCCAGUAACCACAGCCUCAUCGCUUUUGACUGGCCUUCCAUCUUCCCUCUUCCCCCAGCCAUCCGUCUCCAAAUCAGGUGCUUCACAUGUCAAUGGCAGCAGAGCUCCAUCCUCCUCUACCUCUUCCUCAUUAUCUUCCUCAUCUAUUUCAUCCACUAUCAGCUCCUCUGUUGCCUCCCUACACCCUCUGUCCUUGUCAUUGGGCCUACCACCGCGCUACCUCCAUGAGAAAUCAUCCAACACCUCCUCUUUUGGUCAUAGCAAUGGUAUCACUUUCCCAACUCCUCCCCUUUCUAACACCAGCCAUUCCCAGGAUCUCCAGCCCAGCUCCUCUCUGGGCUCUGCCUCCUCAUCAGGGCGGCCUCAACAUGCGUGCCGUUUUUGUGGGAAGGUGUUAAGCAGCGAUUCAUCACUCCAGAUCCAUCUGAGGUCACAUACAGGUGAAAGGCCCUACCAGUGUCCAGUCUGCUUGAGCCGUUUUACAACCAGAGGGAACCUCAAAGCCCAUUUCCUGCGACACAGAGAGCAGAACCCAGAACUGUCCCUCUCCCUGCUGCCUCCAGCACUGUCGGAGCAAAUGCAGAGUGGCUCUGCUCCUGCUGCCAUCCAGAGAAGGAGAAAACGGCGGGCUGAUGAUGAAGAGCCAUUUAAUGGAGUGAAAGGAAGCAUUCCUGGGAUGACAGAGAACAUGGCUUUAGGAUUCCUGUCUGGUGCAUCUACUCGGCCCUCGCCUUCCUCUCUACCUCUGCCCCCCUCAGUGGACAUGGCGUUGCUGUCCACAGCCCAUUCACUGCUACAGCUGAACAGAGCCUCAGCUGCAGCUGCUGCCAGCGCAUCUAGUACUGUACUGCCUUCUUCCUCUUCGCCAUCGUCUUCCUCCUCCUCCAUGAGCAGUCAGUUCAAAGGAGCAAAGCAGCAGCGAUUUGACGAAAACACACCUCCUCACUCUACCCUCCAUACAACUUCCCCAUACUCCCAACUGGCCCACCUCCCCAAGAUUCUCUUCCCUGGAGGUACCUCCCCUCACCACCUUGCACUUCUCCGGCCCCCAGGCCACCCAUCCACCUCCCACCUCACUUCGCCUCAUCAGCUACCCUUCCCCUUUCCACCUUUCCCCAAACCAUCAACGUCCUCCCCCUCUUCAUCCUCUCCCACCACCUCUACCCAGACCUCAGACACCUCCAAGUUGCAGCGCCUGGUACAGAAGCUUGAAAAGCAGCCACAGGGAGGUGCCUCUUCUUCUUCCACCUCCUCACAAACCCCUGCUGAAGCAAAUGGGGACACACAUGGCCAUGACCUGACCACCACCUCCAGUGCCUAUCGCAGGGAAAUGUUAGCUGCUCUUGGUCUGAGCCCAAGUGCCAAUGCUGCUGGACUAGUGACCAGCCAGGGAGUCUCAGGUUCUGGCACUACAACUACCAUGACUACCCCUUCUCUGCCAACUGCCCAGGCUGCUAAUCAGUGUGGAGUGUGUAUGCGUGUCCUCAGCUGCCCCAGAGCUCUGCGUUUGCACCAGGCCACACAUCUGGGAGAGCGCCCGUUCCCUUGUAAGCUUUGUGGUCGAUCCUUUUCCACGAAGGGUAGCCUUAGGGCCCACCUGGCCACUCACCGUGCCAGACCGGCAAACUCCCGUGCCUUGAACUCCUGCCCAUUGUGCCCACGCAAGUUCACCAAUGCCUUGGUUCUUCAGCAUCAUAUCCGCUUGCACCUAGGAGGGCAAAUACCACCUGACGAAGAUAUGUGUCCUGAAGACGGUGAAGAAAGGCAGACUGCCAUCUUCAAUGAUGGUGAGAAUGACUCCAUAGGCUCAUCUAAAGCCCAACAACUCGUUCCUCUGGCCUUAACAACAAGCUCCAAGUCUUCAGUUGAUGCUCUCAACUCAGGGUCCACUUCUAAGCAAUCCACAGCUGCUAAUGCCACUUCUGUGAAGACGGAGAAAUCAGAGGGUUCAACACCCAGUGUUAGCCCACCCCUGACCCGUAAUCCCCCUUCAGUGGGAGCCGAGGGCCCCCUGCGUCUGGGAGACAACGCCUUAGCUGAUGGCAGCCCCAUGAACUCUGAGGAGGAGACCAAUGCUGACCUGGGCAGCACUAGCCCUUUCAAAGCACCCUUAGCCAGUUCUCAUUCAGCUGUAGUGAACGGAGACACAGAGGCAGAUGACACCCCUCUUUCCCUCUGUGUUUCAAAGCCUGUAUUAGAAAAUGAUAUGCUGCAUAGAGGGGUAAAUAAUGAUGGAACCUGCUCCACAGACAAACCCACCACGAGUCCUGAUUCUAACCCAAAACCCCCAGCUGCAAAUCCCUUACCUGCAAUCACCCCAUCUGCCAGCCCCAAAGCUAUCCCUGAAGCAGAAGAGGCCUGUGGCAGUGUACCACAGGAGUCACAAGAGAGAGAUGCUGCCCAAAGCAAAGGCAAGAGUGAGACCACCACACCCAGAGAGCCUUUGUCAGUGUUGGAUCCAGAGCCGGAGAAGGACACUCCAAUGGAGGAGGGUUAUGGUGUGCCAGAAAAGCCAUCAGAGGACCCAGAGCCCUCUGUCCCAGCCCCAGCACUGCACAUCCAGCCUCCUCGCCCGGACAAACCCUAUAGCUGCUCCCAGUGUGGAAAGGCUUACGCCAGCCGUAGCGGACUUAAGGGCCAUAUGAAAACUCACCCUGGAGCGUUGACCAAUACCCCCUCCAAGGCUCAAACCAAUGACAAUGACACUGCGGAGGAUCACAGUUCACAUUCAGCCAAUAAGAACCUGGGACAGCAGGAAGAAAAGCAGGGAUUGGCUAAAUCCCAUGAGAAAGGUGACAGCACAGAUCGUCUACCAAUCAGUGUUGUUUCUAGCGUGAUGGACGAGCCUAUGGACACUACUGUGUAGAAGAGUUAGCAUCGUUAAAUGGCUGCAGUCAGUCUUUAAAGGGUCCUGACAAGGGAAUGUAUUUUUUUUUAAUAGAAUGAGAUUUGUUUAGAGUUUCUUGAUUCUAAUUCAUGUUUACCUUUUGUAUUAGGCAGAUAGAUCUAGUUUGUAUUGUAGCAACAUUACAAGAAAUUUGUGAAUGUAGUAUUUUAGCCAUGUAUUUUUGUAUUUCAAAGACCACAGUGAGGCCUUAUCUUACACACUUCAUAGCAUUGUCAUAAUGAGAAUUAAUUGUUUGCGCUUUUUUGCUGACACCUAUUUCAGCACAUACUGUAUAAGCUGAUUUGAAUAAGAGGACGGUCCAGAAUUUUACAAGAUGAACUCCAUACCAAAACCGGCCAAAUGAUUAAUGGCCAAUGUUUGUAAAUAUAAGCUGCGGUUACAUUUUAUGCCUUUUUAUUGUUACUUUCUUCUUUCUUUUUUUAAUGCCAUGCUGCUGAAAGCAUGUUUCUGAUGUGCUGAGUUGCACUGAGUUGCACUGUGUCCUGUGCUGCCGAAACAUCAACUUAAAUAAACAUGUUAGAAAUGAUGAUAACCAUGAUGUUGAUAAUAAUAAUGAUGGCAAUGAUUGUGUUAGGUUGUCAGUACUUUUGUGAACAGUCCUUUUAGCUGUAAACUUUGCUAGCAGCAAAUUACCUUAUUCACAUUGAUGAUUGUAAAUGGUCUUUCUUGUUGUUGACGCUAUCUGCAGGUUCAAAUCGACAACAAGGAUGAGCCCUUAUAACUCCCCCUCCUUUAUCUUUGCUUUCCCCCCCUCUUCCCCCCGCUCUCCUCUCUCAAAGCACUUGAGAGUUUUCUGCUCCUGCAGAAAUUGUCUACACUCACUGCAUUCCUGCUUAGCCCAGUUUAGUAUUUGUAUGCUUUGCUUUACCCUUUGUAAACCCUUUUUUGUAGCAAUGACAAAAUAUGUUCCCAUGCUUCCCAUGUGAUGUAUAAAAGAUAAAUAAAACAAUGGUGAUGUGAAGAGGA